AAGGGGAGGAGAUUCAUAGAGAAAGCGAAGGCUUCAUGUCUGGACAUUGUGUGUUAACGCUUUCGUGUCUUUUUUAUUAUAUUUUAUCGAAAGUGUAAAGCGAAAGUGAAGGAAACUAUUGAAAACUGUUCUCAUUCCAUACAUCCGAAUAAUCACUGCAACGAGAACUGCUCUGACGAGAAUCUGUUGCCUGUUUGAAGAGUAUCAAACCUGCCUCUCGAGAGCUGAGAUGUGACUCAGACACCACUUCCCUACCUUUUCUUCUCUCGCAUAGUGAUCGAGGUGCUGAUAGACGUCGGCUCUGAAAAUCUCAGAUCUGUCUUCAACAUGUCUGGCCCAGGCUACCCAUCUCCACACCAGCCUCCUUAUCCCAUGCCCCAGAUGGGUGGACACUCCAUGCCCCCCUAUCCCAUGGGAGGUUAUGGAGAACCUGGACAAGCGGCACCACCCGCAGGGUUCCAAGUAGGAUACCAGCCAGUUCCAGAUCAGCCAGUGAUGUAUCAGCCUGGUCCGGUUGUUCCAGUUAGUCCAGCAUCUCACCAUGACCAGCCAUAUGGAGCACCUUUAGCUGCACCAGUCUCCGUGCCUGCUGGAGUUCCACCUGGUCUGGAGUACCUCACUCAGAUUGAUCAGAUCCUUAUUCAUCAGAAAGUGGAAUUGCUAGAGGCAAUCAUUGGCUUUGAGACCAACAACCAGUAUGAGAUCAAGAAUAGCCUCGGUCAAAAGAUUUAUUCUGCCACAGAAAAAAAUGACUGCUGCACACGCAACUGCUGUGGAGCCCUGCGCAGCUUUGACAUGAAGAUCAAAGACAACGCCGACCGAGAGGUCAUUCGACUGAUCCGACCUUUCCGCUGUGUCUCCUGUUGGUGCCCCUGCUGCCUGCAAGAGAUGGAGGUUCAGGCCCCCCCGGGAACGACUGUAGGGUAUGUGAAGCAGGACUGGAAUCCCUGUUAUCCAAAAUUCUCCAUCCAGGGGGCAAACAAGGAGACUGUGAUGAAGCUCGAGGGGCCCUGCUUGGCAUGUAACUGCUGUGGGGACGUCAACUUUGAGCUCAAAGGCAAAGACGGUACUGGGAAGCCUAUUGGUCGAAUUAGUAAGCAGUGGAGUGGCCUGUUAAAGGAAGUCUUUACUGACACUGACAGCUUUGGCAUCCAGUUUCCACUGGACAUGGAUGUGAAGAUGAAGGCUGUACUUAUGGGCGCUUGCUUCCUUAUUGAUUUCAUGUUCUUUGAAAAAGUUGGAGACACAAACCAGCGUAAUACUGUGUUCUCCUAGAGCUCUUGCUAAGUUACUUACUAAGUAACAAAUUUCACACUAACUCCCAUCAUCUUUCUAGUCUGGACUUUUUUCCUGCAUUUUGGAUAAACAAAGCCAUAUACCACUGCCACUGCAGUGAAACCAAGCGACAUGUUCAAUGUUAUUUUAUUAUGUUUAUGACUAGCAAUAUUUACAAUGAAAGGUGGAGUAUCAACUGUAACUGUUCACUGGUGCCUUUUAAACAAUCACAGCCUACAAUAAUUACAAAUUAUUACAAUAGUACAAGCAACUAACAUUGUUUUUGUAACUUCUUUUUUUUUUAAUUAGAAAUGAAUUGUUACAUGCAACCUUACAUGUUUUUCUACACUUAUCUCAUGCAUAUAUAUAUAUAUAUAUAUAUAUAUAUAUAUAUGUAUAAAAUUUUAAUUAAGUUUUAUUGUGCUAAACACAAAGCAUUUUGUUUAAAACUGUGGUUUUUAAUUCUAGACAUGCACAUUUCGUUUGUAUCUCUUAUCACUUCAGACAUUUGUUCUUUUCGACCUUAAGUGCCCUGCGAAGUGGACAUCACAGGAUAUUCCAACAUGGUUCAAGUUCGAAGUGAGCGUAUGUUCCAUUCAAAGGGCUUUAAGCAUGCAAGACAUUUAAAUUGUAUUUAUUUACAGAGGAAUGUUAUUUCACAAUUCUCUAGUAAGUUUUGUCUGUGUGUGAAGACGCUGCAGGCUGUGGUGUAGCUCAAAUCUGUGAAUGAAUGAAUUCCGAAGUGAAGGAAAACUUCCAGGAUUUUAUGUGCUUAGGGUGUAGGGAGCAAUGAACACUAUGGAGGGACCAUGUCAUUUGGCCCACAGUUCAUGUAUGGAAUUUUUCUUUUUUUUAUAUAUACAAGCUGGUCUGAAUCAGGUGUGUUAAGAGAGACAUGCAAAAUAUGUAGAGCAUUGGUAUGCAAGAACUGAAAUUAAGAACCACGGAGUUAAAACAAUGGAUGUACGUGCAGCCAAGUAAUGCAUGAUGGUGGGGGUUGCAUGCCAGUUACUGAAUCUGACAACAGGUGAAUAAAGGAACAAAACCAGCAAGUA